CGACCAACUGUGCUGUGGGUGGCCGUGCCCGCGGACUUCCGCGGUCUCCAAAAUGGGGGCAAGGACUUCCGCCUGGGAGGGUCGUGGUCCGGAUUAUAAAGAUUGCCCGUGGAAAGUGUUUGCGAUAAACGCACACUGAGUGUUAACUACUGCUGUUGGCGAAGCCGGUGCCCUCUCCCCUCGGGAUCCCGAACGCGCCGACGCGCUGUGGGGAGGGGGCAGGAGGAAAUCCGUGAUGCCGGGGUCCCGACCCCGCGGUGGUAGCUCCGCCCCCUAGGGCGCCCAACGUCGUGGACUUGCUGCGGGGCAGCCCCUCCGGCGUUCGCUCGCUCACUCCUCUUGGCGACCGUUGGGAAUAUUGUCAGUUUUCUGCGGGAGGAGUUGGGGGCCCAGAGAGGUGGGAUCAGCCAGCCGCAGAGGGGCGGAGCCGGAGUUGGACCCUCACGGGGGUCCCGGACCCUGCACGGCGACCCCAGUCCCCUCCGGCAGCUAGAAAACCGGGUCCUGCCCUGGGUGUAGCCGCUGGAAUACGGAACGGAGCACCUGGAGCCAGUGAUCCCAGUUUUCAGGAAGAGCUUAAGAUGGCUGAAUUUCUAGAUGACCAGGACACCCGACUGUGUGACAACUGCAAAAAAGACAUUCCUGUGUGUAACUUUACCAUCCAUGAGAUCCACUGCCACAGGAACAUUGGGAUGUGCCCUGUCUGCAAGGAACCAUUCCCCAAAUCGGACAUGCAGACUCACAUGGCGACAGAGCACUGUCAGGUAACCUGCAAAUGUAACAAGAAGUUGGAGAAGAGGCAUCUAAAGAAUCAUGAGGAGACUGAGUGUCCUCUACGGCUUGCCCUUUGCCAGCACUGCGAUUUGGAACUUUCUGUUCUCAAACUGAAGGACCAUGAAGAUUACUGUGGCGCCCGGACAGAGUUAUGUGGCAGUUGUGGGCGUAAUGUCCUCGUGAAGGAUCUGAAGACUCACCCUGAAGUUUGUGGGAGAGAUGCGGUGGAGAAGAGAGAUGAGGUUGUCCUGCCUCCUACUGCCUACGACGAGCCUUGGGGUCAAGAUGGAAUCUGGAUCGCGUCCCAACUCCUCAGACAGAUUCAGUCUCUGGAUCCACCCGUGAGGCUGCCCCGAAGUCCCCUGCGAGCCUUGGAAUCAGACCUUUUCCAUAGCAGGACUGCCGCCCAAAGGAACAUGACGACCCACUUUCCAGUUCAGAAUAAUCUGGUGGAAGAACAAGAAAGACAGGAAAGAAAUAGAAGACGACAGUCCCCCAAAGAGGGUGGUGAAGACAGUGCGAACUUGGACUUCAUGUUGGCCCUCAGUCUGCAAAACGAAGGCCGGACCCCCAGACUGGUAGAACAGGACUUCUGGACAGCCAUGUGUGGGGCAGACCAGUCCCAGGAGGGUCCCAUUGAUCUGGACGACAUGAAGGGUGCAGCCGACGAGACCAUGCUGCCGUGCGAGUUUUGUGAGGAGCUCUACCCGGAGCAGCUGCUGAUCGACCACCAGACAAGCUGUAACCCUUCCUGUGCCUUACCUCCGUAUAAUAUGGGUAGCGCUUCCUCCAGAGGGGUGGAGGAGGACCAUGACGUCAUCUUCCAGAAGUUUGUGCGGCAGGCUACCAAUAACCAGUUAGACACUUUGAUGGGCCUGGCCAAUCUACCCUCUAUGGAGGACAGCAUCAUCAUCCCUUGUGAAUUCUGUGGGGUGCAGCUGGAAGAGGAGGUGCUGUUUCAUCACCAGGACCAGUGUGACCAACGCCCUGCCACAGCAAACAGCCAUGUGACGGAGGGGAUUCCUAGACAGGAUUUCCAGCCUCAAGAGACCUCAGCAGAGCUGCCCAAGAGGCGUGUCAGACACCAGGGAGACCUGUCUUCUGGUUAUAUGGAUGACAUUAAGCAGGAAGCCGCUCAAGUGCCCACGUACCCUCUUCCCCCCACCAGACCCAUUAACAACAUGGCUACUUGUACCCGACUGCCCACGCCCACGGCAGGCCCCAAGCCUGGUUCCCAGCCAAGCCCUCCUCAUGUAAUGAAGCUGAACAACUUGGACAGCCAGGACAUCCGGGGGCGGAAUCAAAACAGCCAUAACGGGGACAUGGCCGCUGGGCACAUUCCAGUGAUUCACCCCGUUCAAAAUCUCUACCCGGAAAACCUCGUGUCCUCUCUCCCCCGUGGGUCUUCGGGAAGAUACGGAGCAAGUGCUAGGAGUGAAGGUGGCAGGAACUCCCGAGUCUCCCCUGCAGCUGCCAGCUAUCGCAGCAGAACUGCAAAGGCAAAACCCCCUAAGCAACAGGGAGCUGGGGAUGCGGAGGAGGAAGAGGAGGAGUAACGGCAUCCGCCGAGAACCUGACAGGGGUUCCGUCUUCUCUGCACAGCAGCAUUCGCCACAGUGCAGGCCACACUUCUUGGGCCCUGUGGGCAGGGGAGGUUUUUCGGAUUUUAACUUUUUCUAGGUUAUGACCAUUUUGUGUCUUUUGAGAUUGUGAUGUGGGAGUUUAGGGGUUGAGGGAGGGUCAGCAGGGAGGCUGUUGAGAAAUGUUUCAGUUUUAGCUGCUGCCUUUUGGCCGCACAGAAAUACAAGUUAUGGCCUCUCAGCCCACCAGGGCUCCUCCUUCUGACACACUGUCACCCCUGCUCCUCGGUGCUUUGUGGUCCUGAUGGAGAGGAGAGGAUUCUGGGAACCCGGUACCUCCAGGGAAGUGGCUCUCUUCCCUGUGGGGGCCUACAUUUGGGAACUUUGGGUAACGGCCCCUGUGCACUGCCCUCCCCACUCUGGAAUUUGGGCCUCUCUGCCGUGUGGGGAGGAGCUCUGGGGGUGCUCAGCCAGUAGUGCAGUGUGGUAGGAGCAGGCUUUUGGAGAUGAGUCGAGCGGGAGCUGAGUGUGCAUGGGGCUUUGACUUCACCUGCUUUGGCGUUUGGCAUCACUGCCUUCUGUUUCUGGGGGGAGCACGGCUCCUUUGUCUCUGGGGCCUCUGGUGGCUCAGGAGAGGCACGCCCUGUCCUGCCAGGGCCGUGCUGGGCUCUGCCCUGAUCGGGACUAAGGCCUAAGUAACCUCCGUGAUUUGCUCUGAAAACCAAGUAUCAGAGCCCCCAUCUCUCUCUUUUUAUUUUAUUAUUGUAAUUACUAACAUCCUUGUAAUAGAAAUAAAGUUUGUACUUGGGA